AUGGCGAGCAUUACUAACGGCGCCAUCAUCAUCACGGCCCUGGACUCGCACAAGCACAAGCACAAGCACAAGCACCAAGAGGCCGUUCUCGUGCUAGCAGCAGCUCUCGGGUCUCACCAGGCCCCAAGUCCCAAGCCCAAGUGCCCCCAGAUGCUUCCCCCAGCCACCUUUUACGCGGUUCUGCUGGAGCACGAGCAAAUCCUAAUGGGUGUCGGCCGAUUUUUCUGCGUGGCUCUGCCACUCAUCCUCACCAUUGCCUCUCUCGGCACGCUGCUCUAUGCAGUCCUCGCCGGCGUGGCCCACGAGAACGUCCGUUUGCUGCAGAUCGACCUCAGCGAGCUGAGCAUCAACCCGACGACGAUAGGCGGUGAUCUCUUCAAGCGAGCCGACUUCAGCAUGAAGCAGACCAAGGUUGGCAACAUUACCGCAGAGGAUCUCGGCCUCCACAAGUACUACGACGUCACGCUCUGGGGAUCUUGCUCCUCCGACGACAACAAGAAGUUCACCUGCUCAAAGUCCCAGUUCGAUUGGGCCUCCAAGCAGAUCAACACCACUGAUAUCCAGGAGGGUGGUGCCACCAUCAAGCUGCCCAAGGACAUCAAGGACGCCGUCUCGGCCUUCCAGAAGCUCAUCAAGUGGUCCGAGAUUGUCUUCAUCAUUGCCAUCAUUGCCCUUGCCUUUGAGCUGCUCAUUGGCAUUUUCUCAAACUUCUCUCGGGCCGUUUCGUGCCUGACGUGGUGCGAGUCUGCCUUCACCACCGCCAUCAUCAUCAUUGCCGACUCUCUCGCCACUGCCACUGUCGCCGUCAUUGCCGGUGUUGUCAACGGCUCCAAGCACCUCUACGGCGCAAAGGUCCACAUCGACGGCCGCUUCCUGGCCAUCAUCUGGAUCAGCGCUGCCUUUAGCAUCGGUGCCAGUCUUUUCUGGAUCUUCACCAUCUGCUGCUGCGCUCCCGAGAAGCGCCAGAAGAAGAACCGCGACCACCACUCCGAUGGCGAGAAGCUCAUCCCUACUGGCGGAUUUGGAUCUCGCGGAUAUGCUCCUCUCGGCGAGCAGACUGGCUACACCUCUGGCGCUCCCAAGUUCAACUCGGGCUCUGGCCGAUCUGAUCUUGCUUACGAGCCUUACUCUCACCGAGCCUAA